AGAAUAAGAAGGAACUUGAAAUGAAAGAAACAAAGAAAAAAAAUGCACCAAUAAUAGCGUAAAGCGCAACCGACAACCUUUGCAUAUAUACCUUUUCCUUUUUCAUGUAAAUACUGAUGACCCGUUAGAUUGAUAAAAACUAUCAGGAACCGGAACCAUUAUCAGCAAGUAAUGUGUUGGAUAAUAUAUUGGAUCCUCGUUAUAGAGUAUCGUAAGCAACGAUACCAAUCGAUCAAAUAGUACUUAGGAAUAGACUACACAUUUGUAUCCGUAUGUUUACGUGUAAGGAAUGACAAGAAACCAAAAAAUAAGCAUGUUUUUCCUUUCUUUUCUUUUCUUUGCUAUGUUUUUCUUUUUGUUACAGGAGGAUAACGAUGAAGGAACAAAAGAAAAAUGCCUUGAUUACUUCGGUUCCUCUUGUCUUUCUUUGUUGGUGUUUAUCGUAUUUGUUGAUAUCGCUUAGAUUGCGAUUAGCCGGGUGAAUAGAUAACCAAGUUGCUUGGUGAAGAAAGAGAACUAACUCCUUUCUUACUCUGACACAAGACGUAGAUGUGUUGAUGAUAGCAAAAACGAUGAUGUUGAGCACAAUUACAGAGAAACGUGAACAAACUUCCGCUUCAGAAGAAAAAAAAAUGAAAAAAAAAAAGAAUGAAAAAAGUAAUUGGUUUUUGAGAGACGAACUGAACCAUCAUUUCUUUUAUUUUAUAGGUUUCUGUUUCACAUUUAGACUGGUCCUAGGUUAUAAAACUAUAGAUAGAGUAUCUACCAACAAUUGGAAGAGUGUCCGAGUGGUUAUGGAGCUAGUUUAAGGCACUAGUGCGAAAGCUCGUGGGUUCGAGUCCCACCUCUUUCAUUACAUUUUUUUCGAAAUCCUUUCAAUUUGAGUCAAUUCUAAAUUUUGUUUUAAAAUUGUUUUUAUGAUAGUUCCAGCUUCUUGAACAACUAGUGAUAAUCUAGGAGAAAGGUGGAUGAUUGAAUCAUCCUAUGAGGAUAAUUGGAUCCUCCGUAAGUAGAUAGAGAGUAGAGACAUAGGGGAUCAUCAUUCCAUAGAAUCCUUGUUUUUUCUUUUUUUCUUUCAUAUGCACAACUGAUCAUCUCUAUUAUUGGAAUUGGUUACUGUCUUGCAUAAGGAAAAGCAAUUCCAAUCAGAUCUUGAAUCGCUUCUGGUCUCAAUGGCAUAGAGACAAGGACCCUCGAGAAUCUCGCUUUAUACAACCAUUGUUGUCAAACAUCAUUUCACAUCCUACGUAUAUCAUAUCAGCCUGGAUAUAUUAAUACGUGAGUUGUUCGACAAAAGCAUUCAAUGAAACCCAAAGGAUCAUUUAGCCGUUCAUGCAAGGUCAACUUUAGAGCUCUCGAACAUUCCCUCUGAAAACGAAAACUAAACCCUUUUUACCUCUUAUUUACAAUGUUUUUCUUGGUUUUUGGAUUGGUGGAAACUUGCGAGUAACCCUUUGCUCAGUCAUCACAUACACCUUUGGGAGAAUGGUGGGUAUUACAUACUACUUCACUUUCUUGAAUCAUGAAAGAUUUGACGGAAAGUCAGCUAAAUCACCUUCGCGAUUAUUUAGAUGAACAAUUAUUAAAUGUUUCUCAAAAAUUCCAAAAAAAAUUCCUUCCAGGUGGCUUUCAAUCCCUAGAAAAUUUAAUCCACGAUAUCGAGCCAUAUUUUCAAGUACUCUCAGCCAUGCCAAUGCAAAGAGACUCUUUCUUGGCCAUCAACGCUACUCUACGAGGAUUGGAUUUUUUUCUUGAUGCAAUUGUUGCUUUCCCUCCAGCACCUGCAGCCAUGUUUCAAGCUUUUUCCCUUUUGGACAGCUUAUGUCUCAAAAUUGUUCAGAGUGGCAAUCUUUCUACCACAGAUGCGAUCCGCCUAAAAAGUCUUAUGGAGAAUUCGCGUAUGGUGGUCAUUUCCAAACUCGCUGAUAUUCAAGGAUACGAACUUGAAUGCUCUUCAGUUUUUGAAAAAACACUCAACGAUAUUGACUUCUGA